UUCCGCUUGGCCACCAUCUUCACAGAAGAAAUGACCGAACUUCCUCUGAAAAUUGAUUUUUUUUUCGGCAGCCAAACUUAUUUUUGGCGGCGCUGGGGCGGACGCUGGCUGGGGACAGCCCCGAGAGCUGCGGGGCUCAGGAGUUUCUCGCUCUCUUCCAGCCCCAAACCCAGCGGAGGAGGCGAAAAUGGGCCGGAAAAAAAUCCAGAUCAGCCGGAUUUUGGACCAGCGGAACCGGCAGGUGACCUUCACCAAGCGGAAAUUCGGGCUGAUGAAGAAGGCGUACGAGCUGAGCGUGCUGUGCGACUGCGAGAUCGCCCUGAUCAUCUUCAACAGCACCAACCGCCUGUUCCAGUACGCCAGCACCGACAUGGACAAGGUGCUGCUCAAGUACACCGAGUACAGCGAGCCCCACGAGAGCCGCACCAACUCCGACAUCCUCGAGACGCUGAAGCGCAAAGGGUUGGGGCUGGAGAGCCACGAGCUGGAGCUGGAGGAGGGCCCGGAGCCGCCCGGGGACAAGGGGAGAAGGCUCGGGGAGGGCGUGGAUCUGGCGCUGGCGCGGCCCAGAUUUUAUGUGAGUCGCUGGUGAAGGUCCUCGAGGGUCGCGUCCUGUCCCUGUCCGGGGUUUUUGGUUUGGCCUGAAGAGUUCUGAGGGUCACCGCACCAGCCUUGACCUCUGACGGGUCCCCAAGGUUCCCGAGUGUCCCCAUCCCUGCCUUGUCCUUCACCUCUGUCUCUCCCUGCAGUCUUGAGAGUCCCCACAAGUCCCCGAGGGUCGCUGUCCCUGAGCCCUGUGUGUCCCCGAGGGUCCCCGAGGGUCCCCGAGGGUCCCGAGGGUUGCUGUCCCUGAGCCCUGUGUGUCCCCGAGGGU